AGUUAUGGCUAGCGGCGUUAGCAUGUAGCGUGUUUGCUUUAAAGGAAACAGAACAAGACGAAAAUAUGUUCGUAAACAUGAUGAAAUAUGACACAGGAGGUGAAGGAUGUACGUGUAUGUUUCCGUCCGCUUUUGGAGGCCAGUGAUGUGCUGUUGAUCACACACAGAGUCCUGCAGGAGUUUCCCAGCAGAAUCCUCCCUGAGUUCCGGCCCUGGUUCCCUUCUGCAUAUGACACACAUCCACCAAUCAGACCCCAGAGACCCGCACCGCUGAUCCUGCCGGAGGAGCCGCUGCGUCAGGACCAAACGCAGAGCCGAUCCAGAGCUGAGGGACAGAGAUUCCAACGCUCAUGGUGUGCCAUACAAGACAGAAAUGCUCCGCUGGAAACCACACACUCUUUUUCACGGCUCUUCCGGAUGACCAUCGAGAAACACAAACUGCAUCUGCGUCAGAGGGUGCGCUGGGUGCUGAGUGAGAGGAACUGUGCUGAACUGGAGGAGCUCUGGAUGGGCAUUAACCGAGCCGUCAGACACUCCCGAAUGCCCACCUGCAACGCAAACUUCCAGAGGGCCCUGGCGCAGAUAUGGCUGUACUGCGACGUGCUGUACUGCGAAUACAUCGGCAACUUCUUGAAGCAGGAGUUCCAGCUUUCAGGCCAGAUCACUUUAUCUGUUCAUAAAGUGGGAGACAUCAUUCAAUUAUAAGCUAUAUUUUUAAUUCAGACUAGUUAAACACUGUAAAAAUGCUGUUCUUAACUUCUUAAAGCCCGAGGUGUCAUUUACAUGCAUUUUUGGGCUUAUUUAUAUUUUAUUUUUUUAUUUCUCUUUGAUAUUUGGGCUUAUUGCAACCUAAUUAGAAUUAAAAUCUAAGUGUCGUCUUUUGGUAUGAUGUACUUUUAGAGGAAAAUGAUGUCCAUAUAUGUGGACUUGUGGUCUAAAUUUACAUAAAACACUUUUUCCUGACAGUUUUUUUAGUGCAUAUAUAACAUAGACAUUUUUUUUAACUUGUUUUGAUUAUCAGAGAGGACAAACUCAUUUUUUUUCCCCGUUUUUGACAGAUAAAAUAGUGUUUGGGACUUUUCAUAUGCUGCAAAACAGUUGCAGGAUGACACUGUAUGUCUGUAACAGAAUAUAAAACAUUCAAAGUGUUUUAAAUAGCCACUUAAAGGGCCACGAAA